AUGAGGCUGGCUGAGAGAGACAGCUGCUUGCUCCAGACAGAGAUGUCUGCCGGGAAUGGAGCUAACAGCACUCAGGAGGAGAAUGGACAGGCUGGGUGGUCAGCGGGAGGGUCAGUGCCCAGGUACCAACGUGUCCAGAAUACGCUAACCCAGCAGAGCUCAUCGCUGCAGGACACCAGGAUGCUGACAGAGUUUCUGGAGAGGGUGGAGCUAGAGGAGAGGGUGGAGCUAGAGGAGACCCAGGAGGCCAGGGGGUGGGGCUACAGCAGUAACCUUGGACAGCCUCUCCACAGUGAGAUCAGCUCAGCUCUUACCCUGCUGGGUGAUGGGGGUGGAAGCGAUGGUGGGGAGCCCCUGAAGGAGCCGCUGGGAAACCCUGUAGAGGAGCUGCGGGAGGCAGUGGAGAUGUUGAAUGACACGGUCAGAGAGAGAGGACGAUCACAGAAUCACAUCCAUGAUCAAGCCAUCCAGACUAUGAUCCAACAGCUGGCUGUGCUGUCAGUGCGUGUGGAGGACAGUCUGUGCUGCAGUAGAGAGCUGAACCUGGACCUCCUGCAGAGAGAGAAAGACAUGGCCAUGCGCUGUGAACCAGAACGUUGUGGACUAGAGGAUCUAGUAGGAACAGCAAGACCACCUAGAG